AUGACAACAAGUGACAAGCUUCCCUGCAGGGAGAACGCCUGCGUUUCGAGUACACAAUCUUCAACAUCUAUUGUGACAACCGAAUCUUCUCGCCCGAAGCAAUCAAACAUUACUGACGAUGAGAAUGGGCAAUGUGAACUCCUCGAUCUUGCACGCAUUUUGUCGCAAAGGUCCAACACAGCGCGCCAAGCUCUCCCAUCGACAACCGUCAAGCUCACCUACCUUGAUGACCCCCUAGACCCGAACAGUCCGAACUUCAGUCUGCAGGAAUGGCUGAAAUCAAUUGUGUCGAAAAAAAGUCAACAAGGGAUACCAUCGCCCGCCACAAGCGUGAUGUUUCGUGAUCUAGACGUCUUUGGAUCUGGAUCGUGGGUGAAAUUACAGGAGACUGUAAUAACCUCUAUCAUAGCAUCACUCCGUCUACGUGAGAUCUUUAAUCCGGAACGAAAUGAGAAAAAGAAGAUUUUGAGCGGCUUCAAUGGAAUUCUGAAAGGGGGUGAACUGCUCAUGGUUCUUGGCCGCCCCAGUAGCGGCUGCUCGACCCUUUUGAAAACUAUUUGCGGCGAACAUCAAGGGCUUACUGUGGGCAAAGACUCAAAGAUAUCCUAUUGUGGCGUGCCUUUGGAUCAAAUUACGAAGGAAUUCAAAGGUGAGGUUCUUUAUAACCAAGAGCUCGACCAACAUUUUCCUCACUUGACCGUGGGUCAGACAUUGGAGCUAGCUGCCAGUUAUCGAGCCCCCAAAGUCCCGCCUAAUGGCAUGACUACUACCGAAUGGGUGAAGUUCUUUCCCAGGGUGGUGAUGGCUAUUUUUGGCCUCUCACAUACCUACCAUACGAAAGUUGGUAACGAUUUUAUUCGCGGUGUAUCAGGAGGGGAACGCAAGAGAGUUAGCAUUGCAGAGAUGACUCUCGCUGAUGCCAGGGUGGCGGCAUGGGACAACAGCACCCGUGGGUUGGACUCUGCUACAGCUUUGUCAUUUGUCAAGGCUCUUCACUCUUCUGCUACAAUUACUGGUGCGGCCCAUGCAGUUGCAAUCUACCAAGCUAGCCAGGCAAUUUACGAAGUUUUCGACAAAGUUACCCUCUUAUACGACGGCAGGCAGAUAUUCUUCGGCCCCGUGGGCUGCGCAAAGGGUUACUUUGAAGAAAUGGGCUGGGUUUGCCCUCCUCGUCAAACAACGGCAGAUUUUCUCACCGCUGUUACUAACGCGAGUGAGCGAAAGCCGCGAGAAGGAAUGGAACUGAAGGUUCCACGUACUGCGGACGAAUUCGAGCGCUAUUGGCAUGAGUCCAGUCUUUUCGCCGCUUUGCGGCAAGAGAUGGAUGAGUACGAUCGCCAGGUUCUGAACAACGGCUCCGCCAUAUCCGAAUUGAGAGCGAUAAAGCACCAUCGACAGGGGAGAUUAACGCGGCAGCGUUCUCCCUACACCAUUUCGGUCCUCCAGCAGGUAAAAAUAAACAUGUGGAGGGCAUAUCUUCGGAUCGCCAUGGAUCCUAGCUCCACAGUUAUUGUCAUUCUAUCUCGGAUUAUCCAAGCCGUCAUUUUCGGCUCGAUUUUCUACGGGACUAUGGAUGCAACUCAAGGUUUUUACGCCAAGGCUUCUGUGCUGCUGUUUUCGGUCCUCUUGAAUGCGCUAGUUGCGAUGGCUGAAGUCCAAACGUUGUUUCCCCAGCGCCCAAUCGUGGAGAAGCAUAAAUCAUAUGCCUUUUAUCACCCAUUCACGGAAGCGUUGGCGACAUCUGUGCUCGAUAUUCCUGUGAAGUUCAUAGUUGCCGUCGUCUUCAACAUCAUCAUCUAUUUUCUCGGUGGCCUGAGACGCGAAGCCGGGCCAUUUUUCCUGUUCUUCCUUGUUUCUUAUUUGCUGACAUUGACCAUGAGUGCAUUCUUUCGGGCCGUCGCAGCAGCAACUCGGAGCGUUGCUCAGGCAAUGGCCAUAGGUGGGGUGAUGUUCAUCAUCAUGCUUCUUUAUUCUGGUUUUAUGAUACCAUUAUCAUACAUGAAACCCUGGUUCAAAUGGCUUCAUUGGCUGAAUCCAGCAUACUACGCCUUCGAAAUGGUUAUGUCCAACGAGUUCCAUGGACGAGUCUUUGUCUGUUCGGGAUUUGUGCCAGCAUACAAUCGCCUAUCUGGUCGACAAUUCGUUUGUGCUGUUCCAGGUGCCAAGGCAGGCAGCCGUUCGGUUUCAGGGGAUGAGUAUAUCCAAGCGCAGUAUGGAUUCUCAUUUGACCACUUCUGGCGCAAUUUUGGAAUCUUGGUCGGCUUUCUCGUUGUGUCUACGUUUGCCUACCUCGUUGUUGCAGAGGUAAAUUCAUUGUCAGGCUCGAGUGCAAAGAGUCUGGUAUUUCUUCCUGGACGGUUGUGGCAGGCCAAGGCUCACAGUGCGGACGAAGAAGCAACGACUGCGAGGGCUUCAUCGCAAGCCGGUGGCCAGGAUAAUGUCAACUUUAUCUCACCUCAAAAAGGCUUUGUCACUUGGAAAGAUGUGUGCUAUGAUAUUCAAAUCGAGGGAGAAACCCGCCGGCUUCUGGACAAUGUCUGCGGGUGGGUCAAGCCUGGCAGCUUGACGGCUCUCAUGGGUGCAUCAGGGGCUGGAAAGACGACCCUACUUGAUGUUAUUGCUCAAAGAGUAUCAACGGGAGUAGUGUCAGGUGAGUUCAUGGCUAAUGGGCGAUCGCUUGGUAAAAACUUUGCAAGACAAGUUGGAUACGUCCAGCAACAAGAUCUUCACCUUGAUACUGCUACUGUGCGUGAAAGUAUUUAUUUCAGUGCAAUUCUUCGGCAGCCAGCAUCAAUCUCACGGGCCGAGAAAUGCGCAUAUGCAGAGAGUGUUAUCAAGACCCUUGAGAUGGACACUUACGCCGAUGCCGUUGUUGGUCGACUGGGAGAAGGUCUGAACCUGGAGCAACGUAAACGCCUCACUAUCGCCAUAGAGCUAGCAGCAAAGCCGGACUUGCUACUAUUCCUCGAUGAGCCUACUAGUGGGCUCGACUCACAGAGUUCCUGGGAGAUCUGCUCGCUUCUCCGGAAGUUGGCCGAUAGAGGCCAGGCAAUAUUAUGCACUAUUCACCAGCCUAGUGCUGCUCUUUUCGAGCAAUUUCACCGAUUGCUUCUUCUCGGACCUGGUGGACGAACGCUAUACUUUGGCGACAUUGGCGAACAUUCAAGGUCACUCGUGAAAUAUUUUGAGAAGAAUGGAGCAAGGGAGUGUGGCCCUCAUGAGAACCCGGCUGAAUAUAUUCUUGAGGUGACCGACGUGGCAAGAUCUGGCACAAGUGAUGAAGACUGGCACCGGACCUGGCUCCAAAGUACGGAGAACACAACCGUCCUUGCGGAACUAGACGAUAUGUCUCAUCCUAUCCGAGAAACACCCCUGGACCAAGGAAGUGACGCCGAAUAUGCAACACCAUUGUCAGCACAGAUCUAUCUUGUCAGCCGUCGAGUUUUUCAGCAGUACUGGCGGUCUCCAUCCUACAUCUGGUCGAAGAUCUUCCUAGGCGCCGGUUCCGGUCUUUUUAUCGGAUUCUCAUUUUUCCAGUCAGAUAACACCCUGCAAGGAUCUCAAAAUGUGAUAUUCGCCGUCUUUGGCGUCUGCGCGAUCUUGUCUUCUCUGUCCGAGCAGAUACUCCCAUUUUUUGUCUUUCAGCGAGCCCUCUACGAAGUGCGCGAACGCCCAUCUAAGACAUAUUCCUGGAAAGCCUUCCUGAUUGCAAAUAUUCUUGUCGAGAUUCCCUACCAGGUUUUGACUGGAAUCGUAAUCUAUGCCUCUUUUUACUAUUCACUUGCUGGAAUACAAUCGUCUGAACGACAAGGGCUUGUACUCUUGUUCUGCAUUCAGUUCUUCAUAUACGCCUCUUCAUUUGCUCAUCUUGUCGUUGCUGCCAUGCCUGAUACACAGUCUGCCGGAGCGAUCAUCGUACUGCUGUUCUCGAUGAUGCUUUCAUUUAACGGUGUUUUGCUCUCUCCCACCGCACUUCCCGGGUUUUGGAUAUUUAUGUAUCGCAUCUCACCUUUGACUUACUGGGUUGGUGGUAUUGUCGCAACGAUACUUCACGACCGUCCUAUCCAAUGCUCGAAGGUUGAGCUGUCGGUCUUUGAUCCACCAGCAGGCCAGACUUGCGGCGAGUACUUAGCGCCAUACCUUGUCCGAAGUCCCGGUACCCUACUCAACCCAGAAUCGACGAAGGACUGCCAAUUUUGCGCAUUGUCUACUGCCGACCAAUACGUAUCUCAAAAUGAAAUUGUUUGGGCAGAGAGAUGGCGCAAUUGGGGUAUUGUCUGGAUCUACGUUGUGUUCAACAUAGUCGUGGCAACGGCUCUUUAUUUCGUUUUCAGAGUCCGGGUUUCAAGUGCCAAAAGAAAAAUCGCUUGA